AUGAAGAGAGUUAUUAUUAUUUUUUACUGUCAACUGCAGUUAUUCAUCAUGGAGUCUUUGAAGAAAUUAGUGCUUGUGCAACACUCAUUUGACGUUAAACCUUGGCACAGGUUAUUCGCUCCUUCCUCCUUUACAAGCUAAAGCACCUUCUCGAUCCCCUUUUUUUUCAUAGAGUAUUUCUUUUUCUUUCUUUUGUUCUUCUAUAGCAUUGAAACUCUCUCCCUCCCUUUCUUUGCUUGCCCUGUUUUCUUAAAAAAAAGAAGAGGUCAUUCAUCAUCUUGAUUCCAUUUGUAAUUGUUUAAUCUCAACAUCAUGUCUCCUUCACCACCACCUGUACCAGCACACGACGAUGCUCAUGAAUUACAGCCCCGAGGCACUGGAGGGUUUCAAAAACUACCCAGCAAUGAUCCUUUCUCCCCUUCUUCUUCACCAGUGCCACAGCAUCCACAGCAACAAGGUUAUUUUUCACCUCCGUCAGGUCCUUAUGCUGCUACACCACCACCACCACCUCAACCUUAUUAUCAUUAUGGAGCACCACCUUAUGGAGCACCACCCUAUGGUGCACAACCUUAUUACGGUGCUCCACCCGUAGCACCUUUAGUGAUCGCAGAAGGUCCUCGCGGAUUCAAUCGUCCUUUAUGGUUGCGCAUGUUGAUUGGCCCAAUUCGGGUGCCUAUCUUUAGCCAACUUUCUGCACUUGUGAUGGCGGGCGUUUUGAUUUAUGAGUUUGUUCGUUUUCAUCAACUGACAGGCGAUAUUAUUGAAACAAACCCAUUUAAUUAUAUGAUUGGACCUAGUUUUCAGGUCUUGGUCAAUGUAGGAGGUCGAUUUACACCUUGUAUCAGAGAUGUACCUAGUUUCCCGACUUCAACUGUCAUCAGUGAUUGCUACACAUCGAAUCAAACAUGUACAGUCAAAGAGAUGUGUGGGUUCGGUGGGUUUGAGACACCCGAUCAGAACUUUCGCUUGAUUUUGCCUAUUUUUAUGCAUGCUGGUGUGAUUCAUUUCUUGAUCAACAUGUUGACCCAUUUAAGAUUAGGUGUAGACCUCGAAAGAGCCUUGGGUACACCGCGCUAUGUGGUGUUGUAUAUGGCUUCAGGGAUUGGCGGGUUCCUGCUCUCGGCUAUGUUGUCUCAAAACUUGACAGUAUCCACAGGAUGUUCAGGCGCAUUGUUUGGUUUGAUUGGUUAUAUGUUUAUCGAUAUUUUGGUCCAUUGGCGGAUGCUGAGUCAUCCCUGGCAAGAUUUAUUUGGACUGUUUAUCUCAACGCUUAUUUCGCUUGUGUUGGGGUUAUUGCCUGGUCUUGAUAAUUUUGCUCAUAUUGGCGGAUUUGUGGUUGGCUUUUUCUUAGGUAUCACCAUUGCACCCAUGCAGCCUAUGGCUACCAGAAGUACACAAGUCGUAACAUGGGUGAUGCGCUGUGUGGCUUUGGUAAUUCUUGUUGUUUUCUUUGCACUUUUGGUUCGUGAAUUUUACUCAGCCUAUGAUCCCAGCAAAAUUUGUCCAAAUUGUAAAUACUUGUCAUGUUUACCUGUUCAAAAUUGGUGUGACGUUUGAUGAUCUGUUCAGAUUAUACAAGAUCUUGAUUUGAAUGUAAACUCCUCAUGAAAAUCUCUUUUUUAUCUGAUCAAAUCUCUAUCUUCUAUUUUACAUGGCUCAAUAUUUUACCACAGCCCAACCUAAAGAGAACGUCAAGUGACACAGAUGCGCAUAACAGACAAUCAACCAGCCAAAAUCCAACCAGCCAAAACCCAACCUGCCAAAACCCAACCUGCCAAAAGAGUAUAAAUAAAUCAACUUUUUUUUCUUUAUUUAUUU